AAAUUUCUAUAUUGGAAGUGGUGAAAUAGCUGAUAUGGGUGCUGGGUGCGCUCGUCUGAACAAUACACUAGCAUGGUGUUCUCCCUCCAACAAGUAUUCCGAUAUACCAGCAUACAUUGAAGUAGACCUAAAUAAUUCUGUGGAAAUCAGUGGAAUUGCUACUCAAGGGUUUAGAUCAGCUAUAAAUGACUAUUAUGUGAUGCAGUAUAAUGUUUCCUACAGCAACGACAGAGUCAGCUGGAAGCUCUACAAAGAGGUUUUGGUGGGCAAUACAGAUGUGCAGACAGCUGUUACAAACACAUUCAAUCCAGAGAUAUCUGCAAGAUAUAUUAGAGUCUAUCCCAUUAAGUACAGACUUAGAGUGUGUAUGCGCUUGGAGCUAUAUGGUCUUACAAAGUGCCCCAUACCACCUUCAAAGAGUGUUCCUCAGCUACAAGAAGAUACAACACAGACAAUAACAACUUCCACAACAGCUGAGCCAGAACAUCAAACCCCUACUUCCACAAUUGCUACUCUUAGAAAAGAAACAACUGUGACAAGAGAAACAGGUCCUGUUGAUGUGGUGACCCCUACCACAACAAAGUUUUCUUCCAAUUCACUCAAUGUGGCCACCAGUAGGGACAAGGGGAAGAAAACACCUUUUUCCCCAACAGCUGGGGUCCUUGGGUCUGUGUCCUCAUCCCAAGUGUCUGCAGUGGCCCAUCAGGAAGUGGGCUCUCCUUUGGAAUCCAAGCCUAUGAAUCCAUCGACCCAUUUGGUUGUUGCAUUGUCAGUUACAGCUGCAGUUGUAAUCAUUUUCAUGGUUCCUGUGACAAUUUUUCUCUUCUUUCUUCGGCAUCGCAAGCAGAACAGUUGGCAAAAAUUUCCAAGCUCAACUGACAGUACCAUUCCAUUAACUACUGCUGUGGUGGAUGAGAAUUUAUUCCCUCAAGAAUACCAGCUCAUGUAUGGUUUACUUCCGGGAAAAUGCAGUGUAGAAGAAGUGAAAUUCCAGAACAAGUGUGCUGUGUAAACAAGGUGGAAAUGACUGAAUAGUGCUGUAAGUUGACAGCUUAUUUUCCAGUCAGGGAUUGAUCCAAGCUCAAAAAAGAGGGCAUACAGACCCUAGUCUUGGUGAGAGUGGAGUUGUCAGGUCCUGGAAGCAAAAUGUCAAGAAUCAGCUGAGAAGAGAAUCUCACAAUUCUUGCUAAAAAAGUGUGAAUGAGUAGAUCACAGUCAUCUCUAAUUCUUAGAGGGUGGAUGCCAUUUGUUCAAAUUGUUAACUCUGAUCAUGUGGUCAUGUUUAGUUGGAAGCAAAAUGUCAAGAAUCAGCUGAGAAGAGAAUCUUGCAAUUCUUGCUAAAAAGUGUGAAUGAGUAGAUCACAUCUCUAAUUCUUAGAGGGUGGAUGCCAUUUGUUUAAAUUGAUAACUCUGAUCGUGUGUUCAUGUUUAGUUGGCGGGGAGACCUGUACUACAAUCAUGUACAAUUAGUACAUCAUAAUGCAAGAUUAGGGAAGUGAAAUGUCGCACUGUAAAUAGAAGGAUGGAUUUCCCUUCUAGCUUCAAUACUUUUUUCUUAAAAGUUAGAUUGGAGAGUGGAAUCUCACUUACACUCAUGCUACUACCCCCAAGCUGUUAACAUCAGUCAAUAGUUCAGAAUAUUACAUCAUUUUACAGCAUUUUUUGGGGUGAUAUUAUCAAAACACAGAGAAGAUAUUAUCCUGAACUGUCCCCACGAAGAUGUACAUAUAAAUAUUAUGGGACCCCAAUGUUAGUUAUUAUUUUGGAAGAAAUGUUAAAAUGUUUAUUGCACUGUCACAGGGAAGGCAGGCAUUAAUUUAAAUGUAGAUAAGAGAAGUUCAAAGACUUAAUUAAUUUUUUUGGAAAAUUAACUGAAACUUUUUCUCCUCAUCUUUUCUGAGAUAAGUAAAUCACAUAGAAGUGAACUUAGAUAAAGGAUUGUUCACAUUACAAUUAAAUUGUAAAAACCCAAAUUCUCAAACACUGUUCCAAGGUGAACAUGUCUUGUACCUGCGUGGAAUCCAUGUUUUGGUUAAAUUUUUUUUGAUCGAUCAAUUUUGUACACUGUUCCAGAGUGUAUAUGUACGAAGUACAUGACAGUUUGGAACAUGAAAACUUCUUAAGUGGUAUAUUUUUGAGACUAUUUAAAGUUUACAUUUAUAGUAACGUUUGUCCAGUAUUUCUAGAAGGAUAUGUACAGAUGUUCCAUUUAAUGAUUGACUGAACAUGGAAAGUAUAUUUUUGUAGACCCUUAAGAGAAAUCUUAAAAAAAAGGUUUUUUGGAAAAGG